AUACAUGAAGUUGCAGGUUAGGAAGAUAGGAUGGCAGAAGACAACGAAGUUGCAGAUUCGGAUAUAAGAUCAAAACAUUCCAUGUGUAGGUCAUUUGUCCGAUUUAUUAAUAAUACCGAUCGGAAAGUGGAUGUCAUAUGGAUAAAUUUUGAAGGACAACAUGUCAAGUAUAAGACACUUCCACCAGGUGCAUUUUUUGAUGCUAAUACAUAUGCUACACAUCCAUGGUUAUUCAUAGACUCAGAAACACAAGAUAAACUUGUAGUAAAGUCUGAGGAAGUUUUCCGUCCUGAGCCAUGGUAUCAGCAUUUACAUAGAGAGGAGUUCCCACGCAGGGCAGAGCGAACACACGUGUACAUUACCAUUCCAUUAUAUACACUUCGUGAAAGGUCACUGCAGGUUGUAAGGAAUAAUCUGUCACAACCUGAUGAUGCAUUCAAAUUAGAACUUCCCAACUCGCUGCAAAGAGAACUUGCUACCAUGGUAAAAGAGAGUAUGACACCUCGAAGUAUUGCAACAUAUUGAUGUUUGAAAAGUAAUGUGCCAUAUAAUUGCCAGUUGUAUUGUGUAACAGCCAGAACAUGAAUGGCCAACAGUGUUUUUAUUUUAUAUUCCAACAAUAUUCAACUGACAUAAACAUGACAUUGUGAUUAUAAGUGGUGCAUUUAUACUAGCUUCAGAUUAGUAAUGUAAAUUAAUUUAAAAUAUUCAUUAUAUUUUUCAUCAAGUGUUAUUUCUUCUAUCUACAAAUUAAAUAUGUUCAUUCAUAUCUUAAUGUAUGUUUUUCCUGAAACCUUAUGCUAAUUUUUAUGGUGAUACUCAUGAUUAUUUAGUAGAGUUUAUAGUUUAUUGCUUGAAGAAAGCUAUUUCUUAAUGACAUGAAGAAAGUCAUCUUCCUUAAUAAUCAACAGGUGAAAUUAAACAACAUUCAGAAUGAACAUUCAGUAAAUAUAGAAGAGUAUUGAUUAUCUACAACAUGUGACAAUAGUACUAGAUGAUUAUGAAAGACAAAUAUGAAGUAUCCAAACUGAAUCUAGCAAUGUGAUGGAGAAUCAUUUUUCAUACUUUGUUUGAAUACUCUCCAAGGAACUGGUUCAGUUUUCAUGACCUUUCAUAAUAAUUUUGUUUAUAAGAAUAAUGAAUAUGCACCAACACCUAAUGACAAAGAGCCAUUAAGGACAGUAGGUAGUUCCUGUGACAGUUAUUACAAAGAGGUUGAUUAACAGCCAUUAAAUGUAGGUAACACAUCAUUUAUGCUACUUGGGUAUAUACAACCUGCAUUAAUUUAUGUAUAAUUAACAGAGACUGUUUAAAUCUCAGUGCAAUGUGUGAAAGUUAUCUGUGCUAAUGUGAACCUUUGGCUACGAGAAAUAAAAUUCAUAUUAACUUCAGAUCUCCAUAAAGACCAAAAUAAGGGUAAUUAAUUUUUUUUACACACAUUUGUAUUUUCUGUGUCAUAACAGGACCUUUCAGUGUAAAUUAUAAAUGUAUCUGCAUUUAUGUUUAUAAUAGCUGAUUUACUGAAAAUGAUGUAGUAUCAUUUAAGUUCUAUUACACUGCUGCCUCAAUGGAA